CAGAGACAGAGAUGGAGAUGAAGAGAAAAACAAAGUGAGAUUGUUAAGAGAGGUGAAAUUGGAUUGCUGAGCAGUAAAAGAACGUGGAGAGAAAAGUGGAGAGAGAAAUAGAGCUACAACCAAAGUGAGAGGAAUCGAGAGAAAUAAAGAAGUCUUUCUGAAUCUCAUCGCCCAUCUGGACUCCAUCUGUGUUUCUCUUUCUGCAAGAGGAGCUUGAACUGUAGCUCCCAUAUGCAGGGGGCUUAGACACAUGCCCCACAUAUGAAGGAGAGCAAAAGGGAGCUGUAAACAAGCUAAACCAAGGGAGUCACUUGUUUUUGGAAUAAGAGGGAAGGAAAAAAGGACCGUCCACAGAGGUGAGACAGUGGAGAGAAGAAGGUUCUUGCCAUGCCCGGUUCUCCAGUGGAUGUAAAGACUCAUUCCAGACCAUCCGCCAUGCCCCCUCUUCCCUCAGUCAACCCUAGUGGUCCUCGGCCUGCCGCCUUUUCUUCCACGGCAUUGACCAAUGGGAUGAACCAUUCUCCACCAACACUCAACGCUGUGCCCUCCCCACCUCAGCGGUAUAGUAAUGGACCAUCCUCAUCCUCUUCUUCUUCACUGGCCAAUCAGCAGCUCCCAGCUACAUGUGGUGCUCGGCAGCUUAGUAAACUGAAGCGGUUCCUCACUACAUUGCAACAGUUUGGCAACGACAUCUCACCUGAGAUUGGAGAGAGUGUGCGGAGUUUGGUCCUUGCCUUGGUGAAUUCCACAGUCACUAUUGAGGAGUUUCAUUCCAGACUUCAAGAGGCCACUAAUUUCCCCUUAAGACCAUUUGUCAUCCCUUUCUUGAAGGCAAACCUACCAUUGCUGCAGAGAGAGCUGCUGCAUUGUGCACGAGCAGCUAAGCAGACUCCAGCACAGUAUCUCUCCCAACACGAGCACUUGCUGCUCAGUACAGCUGCACCUUCUCCUGCAGACUCCACUGAGCUACUGCUAGAGCCAAGUGAAAGCAACAAAAGACACAGUCCUAGCAGAGCCAAAGAAAAUGGCUUCCAUGAGCGACCCACAGCCCCAUUAGAGCCUCCAGCCAAGCGGAUCUGCACCAUUAGCCCUGCCCCCAGACAUAGCCCUGCCCACCCUGUGCCACUCCAGAUUCACCCAACCCCACCCCCUCUCCAGCAUUAUGCCCUGGAUGACAUCAACACCCCACACCUGUACAGAGAGCCACAUCGCAUCCUGGAACUCCGAGAACUCAAGGACCGGCCACGACUGCCAGGUACUAACGGGGGUUACCAUGAGGAGCCCGUUGACCACAGACUGACUGAGAGAGAGUGGGCUGACGAAUGGAGACAUCUAGAUCAUGUGCUAAACUGUAUCGUGGACAUGGUGGAGAAGACAAGGCGUUCAGUGAGCGUCCUGAGGCGCUGUCAGGAAUCAGACCGCGAGGAGCUCAACUACUGGCGACGGAGGUCCAGUCAGCUUGAUGGUGCACGCAAGAGUGUUGCAACUCCCAGCACUGUGUCCUUCUCCAAAUCACACAGUCCUCUCUCUGCUGAUGUAGUCAGCUCUGAUACUCAGCGGGAGCUCUCUCUGCAUGCUGGCCCUGGCUAUGUGCCUGAUGAGAUCUGGAGGAAAGCUGAGGAAGCAGUCAAUGAGGUGAAGCGGCAGGCAAUGGAUGAGGUGCAAAAGGCAGUGGCAGAGGCAGAGCAGAAAGCCUUUGAAAUGAUUGCAGCUGAGAGAGCCAAGAUGGAAAAAACCCUAGCUGAGGCCAAAAGGAAAGCCACAGAAGAUGCAAUUCAGGUCAUCAAUGAACAAGAGGACUCCAGCGAGUGCUGCUGGAACUGUGGCCGGAAAGCGAGUGAGACGUGUAGUGGGUGUAAUGCUGCUCGCUAUUGUGGCUCCUUCUGCCAGCACAAGGACUGGGAGCGUCACCACCUGAUCUGCAGCCCGGGCCUGCAGGCUCAACCCAAAGCAUUGUCCACCCUUAACACACGUGUUCUGACCAAAGCACCUGAGAGUGGCCCGGCCCAAAGCCCCUGCUUGGAAAAAACUGCCAACACCUCACGAGCCUCUACCCCCCCAAGCCCUACCUUAGCCUCCACCCCUGACUCCAACACGCAUUAGAGGAAACACUAGAGAAGACAUCUGGACAUUUUACAUCUCAGUGACAUGAUGAAGGCUAUAAACAUCAGAAAAUCAUGCAAAAGGAUCCAAAUUAAUAAGCACAGUAAUAGGAUAUUUCACACAAAAUGAUGGGAGGAAUGGCUUAUUGUUUUCAGUUGGACAAUAAGUCCAUUUUGGUUUUUUAUUUUAUUUAAGAUAAGUAAACAAUGUGAAAAUUACUUUCAAGCAAAAUAUAGCAAUGUUCUCUGUUUAAGGAAUAUAAAGACAAAUUAUCAGAUGAUGGCUGUAUCUUGUUACUGACCAUUGUACUGGUGUUUAAUGAUUCCUCUUGCACAAAACCUGUCGGUCCUUGUUGUUGUGAGUGUGAGUAUGUGUGCAUGUUUGUAUAUGUACACACGUGUAUGUUUCUAGCGCAUGUGUUGGACAAUUUAAUUGCCUGUAGAGCAAUGUCUAAAAGCAGGAACACCAUUGCUGGCCAUGCAUCAAUACAGAUGUCAUCCAUAGAGCUUACACUUCAGCAUCUUUUCAUUUGAUUCAAGUCUGCUUUUGCUGUCUAAAUGUAACACAUUAACAACUCAACAGACAACAAUAAAACAGUACAAAGGUACAUCAACGUACUUGCAUGAAUUCAUGUUUCUGUUUUAUGAGCAUGGCUACCAAACCUUGGGGAGUAUAAUAUUUGCUUUUGGACACGUUACUGGUAAAGUUAACCUAAGAUAAGGUAAACUUCACCAGUAACCUGUCCAAAAGCAACCACUGACAAUGUAGCUGAGUGGGAAUUAAGAUUAUUAAAGAAAGUGACGAGGUGUCCUGAAAUGAUUCUAGCAGAUCACCUUAGCUCACUUUGUGCAAUACUACCCCUGGUCUAGUGGGUCCAGGCUGUAGUAAUGAGCAGUGCACAAUCACAGCACAAUGUAAAAACACAUGGUACAAUAAUGUAGUCAUCAGAACACAGAACUUUUGGCCACUUUAUAAAAUAGCAGUAUGUUUCCAGCAAAACCUUUUAAAUAUGUGUUAGCAGGUGACUUGCUCUUAGGUUUUAUUUUCAUAGUUUUGUUGAUUGUGAAAAUGUAAAAAUGGAAAUUAAUCUGAUUCGGUUAGCAGUUAGGGUUAGGUUUUGUUCAGACAGUUAAGCUUCUGAGAGUUAAAGUUAUCUAUUAGAAAAGGUUCAAUUUGGGGUGUUUACAGCUUAUUCUUUCACAACUCUUCCACUAAUAAAUACUUGUGAUUUUUUUGGAGAAUGAUUUAAAAAAAAAAAACCUUUCUAUUAUGAGGUUUUAUCUGAUUUAAAAAGAAAUGGGAGACGGAACCAUGUAAUACUAAGCAUCUCAAAUUGCCUUGGAUAUAGUUUUGUACUGUGGCUUAAAGAUCUAUGAAUGGUGGCAUUAACCCUCUUCAGGUGAUUUGAUCCCAAUACAGAAAAGUCAUAUUAUUGUGUUCUAUUUGAUUCAUGCAUAAUUAAUUUUGUGUAAUAUGAUCCUUCAGUGCUGGGUGUAAAGCUCUGUGAAAUUAACAUGUUUUCUGGUGUUGCCUGUAAGUGUUGCAACUGAAUCUAUUUAAAUCUCAGGAGUACGUUAUAUGUAAAUAAGUUUAUUCUCUUGAUCAUGUUUAGAGAGGAUAGAGUUUAACCUUUGUUUUUGUCUGUUUGUUUGUUUUUGUGUCAGAUUAGUGUCAACAUUCUUUUCACGUUUUAUGUCAAAAUAAAUUCCAUUAUUUUUUCAUUAUGAAAUGACUUCUUGUAAAAUGUGAUUAUAAACAAAUAGAUCUGUAUUUUGUGAGCCAUGUGUCACUAAAAUGUUUGUUUUCUCACAAGACACAAAGAGAACCUUGAAAUGAAGUAGUGAUUAAGAAAUAAACACAA